GCCUGACGGGAUACCGGAGGCUUUCUUUCCCCCACUCCUCUUCUUCCGGCUCCCUGUCUCCUUUUGGGUCGUCAUGGCGGCGCCCGUCCAUCCGCCGCUGCUCGUUUUGUCGCUCCUGCUGCACCUCCUUUCCUGGCUUCCCCCGCCGGCGGGCGCCGUCUACGAGGACCAAGUGGGCAAGUUCGACUGGAGGCAGCAGUACGUCGGGAAGCUCAAAUUCGCCUUUUUGGAAGCCUCCCCCGCCUCCAAGAAGCUGAUUGUGGCUACGGAGGAGAACGUGGUGGCUGCCUUGAACUCCCGCAGUGGUGAAAUCCUGUGGCGACAUGUGGACAAAGGGACUCCUGAAGGGGCAGUGGAUGCCAUGCUGAUCCAUGGGCAAGAUGCCAUCACGGUUUCCAACGGGGGUCGUCUCCUGCGCUCUUGGGAAACCAACAUUGGUGGCCUGAACUGGGAGGUUUUGAUGGACGCCGGCAGCUUUCAGGUGGCUAGUUUGGUGGGAGUCCAAGACGCUGUGAAGUAUGUGGCCGUUUUGAAGAAAAGCUCCCUCCUUCUACAUUAUCUCUCCAACGGUUACCAAAAAUGGAUAGAACAUUUGCCAGAAAGCGAGAUUGUCCAGUAUCAGCUGGUCUAUUCCCAUGGAACAGGCGUGGUACACGUGGUCGGAAUUUCUCCGCAGAGCCACCUCAGCAUCCUGACUUUCAGCGUUGAGGAUGGUGAAAUGACGAGACAGAUCAGGGUGGCAGCUCCCUGGUUGAGGAAUCUAGCUGGGACUUGCAACAUCGUAGAAGAAGCCACGCUGGUGUGUGUGAACCCAUCCACUCAGUCCCUUUACACCUUGUCUCUGGAGGCCGAGGAGGAGAUGAAGGAGGUUCCACUGCAGUCUCUCGGCCUGGAAUUUGCGGACAUUUCCGAGGCUCGUAUCCUGUCCUCCCAGCCGAACCCAGCCAGAGCUCCCCGGCCUCAGUUCUUCCUGCGUCUGUCGCCAACCCACUUCGCUCUCUUGCAAUAUCGGCACGGCGUCCUGAGCCUCCUUCGGAAUUUCCCGCAGGCCAGCCUUGUGACUUUUGCAACUACCGGUGAGAAGACAGUGACGGCUGUCCUUGCAUGCAAGGGCGAAGGGGAAGGCCUCUCUUGCCCCGCCCAGUCCUACACCGUCAACUUGUACCUGGCUGAAACCGGGCAGAGACUUCUGGACACCCUCAUCACCUUCACUCUGGAGAAAAGCAGCAUCAGGCCUGAGCAGCUCUUCAUUCAGGUCUUUUUAAAGAAGGACGACUCCGUUGGGUACCGCGCCUUGGUGCAAACGAAAGAUCACCUCCUCCUGUUCCUGCAACAGCCAGGAAAAAUUUGGUGGACCCGGGAGGAGUCUCUGGCCGAGGUGGUUAGCCUGGAGAUGGUUGACCUGCCCUUGACAGGGGCCCAGGCUGAACUGGAGGGCGAAUUUGGGAAGAAAGCCGAUGGCCUCCUGGGCAUGUUCUUCAAACGUCUGUCCUCUCAGCUCAUCCUGCUCCAGGCCUGGACCGCUCAUCUCUGGAAGAUGUUCAACGACGCCCGGAAACCCCGGAGCCAGACGAAGAACGAGUUCAACGUCGAUAACUUAGCCCGGGAUGAGUUCAACCUACAGAAGAUGAUUGUGAUCGCCACAGCCUCUGGAAAGCUUUUCGGAAUAGAGAGCAGUUCGGGGACGAUCCUAUGGAAGCAGUUUCUGCAGGACGUGCGUCCCGGCUCUUCCUUUAAGCUGAUGGUUCAGAGGACGACGGCGCAUUUCCCCCACCCCCCACAAUGCACCCUGUUGGUCAAGGACAAGGAGUCGGGCCUCAGCAAACUCUAUGUCUUCAACCCCAUCUUCGGCAAAUGGAGUCAGGUGACUCCCCCGGGGCUGAGCCGCCCCAUCCUGCAAUCCAUCCUGCUUCCCAUCAUGGACCAGGAUUACGCCAAAGUGCUGCUCCUGAUCGACGACGAGUACAAGGUGACGGUCUUCCCGGCCACCAAGAACGUCCUGCGGCAGCUGGAAGAAAUGGCCCCCUCCGUCACUUUCUAUCUGGCGGACGAGAAACGGGGGAAGCUGAUGGGACGGAGGCUGAGAAGGCCUGACAAAUCUAUUGCAACAAUAACAGCUUCUCUCUUCCACCCUCCCCUCCCACAAUUUCAAAGCAUCUCCAUUUUUCUCUUGGGCACAGUUGGUCUUCCCUCGGGAGCCAUUUUGUCCCUCCCCAAGGCUUUGAUGGAUCCACGGCGGCCGGAAGUCCCCACAGAGCAAACGAGGGAAGAAAACCUGAUCCCUUAUUCCCCGGAUGUGCAAAUCCACGCCGAGAGGUUCAUCAACUACAAUCAAACCAUCUCUCGAAUGAGGGGCAUUUACACAGCUCCAUCGGGCCUGGAGUCCACUUGUCUGGUGGUGGCUUAUGGGUUAGACAUCUACCAGACCAGAGUCUACCCCUCCAAACAGUUUGACGUGCUCAAAGACGAUUACGAUUACGUCUUGAUCAGCAGCGUGCUGUUCGGGUUGGUCUUUGCCACCAUGAUCACCAAGAGGCUGGCUCAGGUGAAGCUGCUGAACCGUGCCUGGCGGUAACGGGAGAGAUUCACGCAGACCCGCCCUUGAGGGUGGACGGCCGAGCCCUCCGCGAGGGAAUCCCGGUGGGUUGCAGCCUCAUUUGAAAGGGGAAGGGGUGUCUUGCCCCUUUCCCCCUUGAAGAAGAACGAACUGUGGAACCGCGCUGCUUGUUGCCCAAACCCAUCUCCAGUUCACUGCGGAAAAUGAGAAAUUCUCGAGAAACGGGAAGGUUCUGUGAAAUUAAGCUGCUUUGAAAAUGGUGGUGUUUUUCCCCCCCGUCCUUCAAUUUGCCUGCGCUGCAAAACUGCUUUGCUGUGGAACUUUCUUACAACGACCGUUUUCGACUCCUGAAGCCGUGAUAAAAACAUUGUCAUCCUGUUUUUUCCCCCUUGAAAUUUUAGCCGAUUUAAGGAAUUUAGCCAGAUUUCUCUGCAUAGCUUGUUUUUGUGUCCUCUCUUUCCCUUGGAUUUUCAACAGAAGAAAAUGGCUGGGGUGAAACAUCAGCUUGGAAAAUGCAGAAGAUGAAUCUGAAAAAAAAAUAUAUACCGGGCAAAAGUGAGCCUGUUCAAUCUUUAGUGUCCCUGGCAAGGAAUUUCAAAGAGAGACAAUCUGUCAUUUCCCUGCAUUGAAUUUUUAAAUUUCUCUUUCUUAAUUGGCUCUUCUCCCCCCCUCCCUCCUUUGUCUUAUAGUUUCCUAAUUUAUAUUGAAUUUUUUGAGUCAGCCCAGAUUUGGGUUAUGGGAGUACUUGAAGCUCAUUGAAAAAAAGCAAGUUUGACUUUGUAAAUGAAACAUUUUUCCUGAAUGUGUGGGGUUUUUUUUCUUUUUUCUCCUUACAGCAAGUGAGUGGCUUGCUAAGAGUCAUCGGUUGGUUUAUUUAAAUUUAUUCUGAGGAGGUGGCGGUGGGCAGAGUCUAAAUCUGGAGUUUGCAGGGUAGAAAUUUGUGUUUUCUGUCGGGGGGGAAAAUGUGAAGUCAGACCCAAUUCCCCCUGUAUCCAGAAAUAAAAGAAAUAAAGAGUUGAAUUUG